AAGUCAAGAAAAAAAAGGAUAGAAACAGCCGGCUAGUCCACACGGCCACCGGGACUUUAACAAAAAUGAUGCCGCUGUUCCGAGAGCAAAAGCAGAUGACGUUGGUGGCCAUGGCGGCCGGUGUCGGAGCGGCAGAGGGCGCCAGCAUCCUGUACUACAUGAUAGUUCCGUGGUUUCUACUUCCGGGCCAGAGGUCGCUCUACAGCUCCCUUGCAUGUAAUCUUCUGCUCAUCACACUAGUUAACAAACUUGUACGGACAUACUGGAGCGUCCGGACAUGGAAGGACGCCAUCAUGUUGAGUACAUGGCUGUCCCUUUGUUACGCGGCCAUACACGCUCCUUACGUGAUCACGUGGUGGAACCCGAUGUCCUACACGUAUCUUGCGGGACCCAUAGCUCACACACUGCUACAGCUAUCAGCCAUGACCGUUGCAUUGUGGUACAUAAACACUAAGCGAUAGAAUGCGUAUUUGAGCAGUAAGUUUGUGAAUUAAAUUAAAAAAAUAAGACAAUCUUUUACACACUUUUUAUUUUUCAAAUUUCUAUUUCGGUGAAAAUUUCCUCAUUUUGUGCAAUGUGUUAUGUAUACAUGUUUUUGUUAUGUUAUUGUAAUUAAAUCGCUUUGCAUAAAAUGAAAUGUCUCCGGACCUCCGAACCUCUGAUGUGCUUUGCAUAUUAAUUUACCAUCAAUAAAUAUUAUAAAUGUAAGCACAUUUUAUUUUGUUCCAUAUUACCACGUUAUGCAUUCCUCAAUGAAC